AUGGCGUUGAAGCGGCUGCUGGCAUUGCUGACGGCGAGCUCCUGCCACUGCCUGGAGACGUGCUGCCAUGCCUUCCAGAACGACACCGAGCUGCGUGAAGCCGUCCGUCGAUGGCAACAGGAAGUUGAAGGACCUGGUCUGAUCUCCAAAUACGGAGACAUAGCCGACUGGGAUCUGGGAAUGGUCACCAAUAUGUCACGAUUGUUUGCUGACACCUCCUUCAACGAACCUAUAGGAAGUGGCUACGUUAAUGCACUGCCCAGUGUCACGCUAACACCGUGGCCACCAUUCUGUGGUGCCGGGACCCUGGACUGGGCACAGCCAGCCACCAGACUGGCAAACCGCCGGUUGGGUGCACUUACAAAACUACAACCUAACAUGCAGUCCAUGUUCUACCAAGCCUACCGCUUCAACCAGCCGAUCGGGUCCUGGGACACUUCGGCAGACACAGCCGUGACCUUGGGAAACCAGUUGCGGUCAGGGAAGUCAGAUACAGCAAGCCAUCGCUGGGGAAAACAGACCAGCCAAAACCGAAGCUGCAGCCAUCAAGAUAUCACUGGUUUUGUGCCCAGCGAAUGGAAUGCCCAACCAAAGUUCCUAUCCGUACAUGAGAUCAUUUCUCAGAUAAAAGCCGGAAUAGCCUUGCAAACCAACAUCACCGAAGUUUACACCAAAGAACAGUGUGCGAACCUGCGCACCCUUUGGCAUAGCUAUGGGUGCAAGGGCUCUUUGACCAUGCUGCUCACCAAGGAUGCCAAAGACACCCUGGGGGCCACGGCUACCCGUGUUCGCAUAUCCAGGGCGCAUGGCACACCGAAAAUUGAAGAAAUAGCUCUCCUUCGCUUAGGAGAUACCAACAGUGGAUUGUGGAUCUUGCCCCCAGUCAAAGUUGAUGAGGGGAAAAUCAAAACAGUCCAAAGAAGCACUGUCAGAGUCAUUGCACCUUUGGAAUUCCGAAAGCACUUCUUGGAUUCAGGCCAAGACCUACCCAGAUUGGUAGCGGCUGCCAUGGCCCAGUGGAGUGAAAAAAUAAAAGCCUCCCACCUCAUGGGUGGCAAAUGGAAUCACACGCAGGUCCAUCAACAAGACUUGCUCACAGGCUGGCUGAUUUUGCCAACAGAACAGGCUAAGGAGCUUGUUGUCAAUAGCGGUCGCCAGGGUGUUUUUGCCCAGAUCCAAGAAAACAAUACUGGACCCAGGCCCAUCCGUUGGUUUCAACGACAGAACAACGAAAAUGCCGAGACCUAUUUGCAAAGAUGUCUCAAGGAAGCUAAGCUCAGGAAAGUUGGUCUUUUUUUUCGAAAAAGCAGCACGCCACACACCAUUGGCAUGGAAAAAACAGCAGCAGAAAUAGCUGAGGGCCAAGCGGCCAACUACCUCCUCCGAGGGGCUCCAAAGGUGUGGCAGACUGAAGAGAUCGAAGAUUUUCUCAAUCAACAGAAAUGGAAAGCCGUGCAACGCAUUUCCAAAGUGAGAUAUCGAAACGAAUGGCGUUUUCAUGCCCAGCCACCUUCAGCUAUGCAGGAAAAUUACCAUUACGAUUUGGCAGAAGGCUACAUGUCAUGCAUCCCAGCUCCUGUCAGACAACGCCAGCCAACCUGGCAACAACCUGUCAGAAACACAUGGCGAGGGAAUGAGCUGGGGAAAAUUGGAAAUGAAGCCAACAAUCCUGGCGAUACCGGGGACGUCAUGGCAACUGCUCUGGAUCAGGACUCCAGUCAAGCCUCACAAAAAGAGGCUGGUAGGGAAAGAAGUCGGAGCCCAGUUCGCUCUGAGCAGCGGCAGGCUGUAGCAGAUGACCCAGAUUUGAUCCCAACAGACAUCGCGGAAUGUUUCAAAAAUGGCUGGGAAAGUCAAGAUGUUGGUGGCAAUGGAGAUUGUUUUUAUCGAAGUAUUGCUGCUUGUCAACACUGGCAAAAGCAUCAUAAGUUGAUCACUGCCGAAACUGCUGCCCUCUGCGGGGCAAAGCUUCGUGCGUCAGCUGUUUUGCACGCCCAGAAGCAUAGUAGCAGGCUCUCUAGCUGGUUUGCGCCAGAUUCCAAAGAAACCCCCGCUGAAAGGGGGUGCAAUCCGCAGGCAACGAACAUCAGUGAAUGGUGUGAACUGCAGAUGAAACAGGAAGUCUGGGCAGAUGGCCUUAACAUCCAGUCAAAGUCGGUAGCAGUGUUGAUCAGCCCAUGGCAGGGACUCAUGUUGUCCAUUCGCAGUCUUGCAUGUCGCAUGCUCCGACCGGAGACCCAACGCUUCGAAGAAGCGCAGCAGUUCCCCUUGCCCAUGAUGCCGUCCAACAUGCAGGACGACAUUCUGAGCCACUUGUGCAAGCUAGGAUGCAACAAGAAAGUUUCGUAUCCCACAGAUUCGUGCUGCCCAAACAACAUGCCUAGCAAGAGCCGCGAUGUGUCUAAGCAGGGUCGCAGAGUUGUUUGGAAGGCCAUUUUGGCCAAAGCCAACAAGCAAGCCGCAGAGGCAAAGCUGUGCACGGUCAAAGAGCAGAGAGCACAAAGGGCGGAAGCAAACAGAUUGCAGAGACAAGAUAGAGAGCGAGAAGCGGAGAUGCCAGUGCCACCAAGAGAAAACGUUUACAAGGCCUCCGUGGCGUGCGCCUUGGUGAGGCAUCACACCCAGGUCAGGCGCAUCAGCUCCGAGUCGGGGCAGCUGAUCCGCGCUGUGCUGCAUGGGGGGCAAUGGGACAUCAACGUCCUCUGUAUUUACCGGCACCACAGUGAUGCCGAUUUUGCCAUUUUGCAUGAAGCGGCGCUGAUUGUUAGCCGCCUAGGUGUUCUGUUGCUCGACACGACCGGAGUGUUCACCCAAUUGAUGCAAUUUGGUCUUCGGGAGGGCUUCAAGCCUCCAGUGCCUCCGAAAUUCCAGGUGAUGGAGACCACACCAUCGCACAGAGCUCCUUCCCUCUUGCAUUUCAAAAAUGUAAGGCAACUCCAAGAUGCACACCGCAACGAUGCACUUCAGAAAUGGCGCGCCCGAAUGCGCGAUCUCCCACAAGCUUGUCAGUGGCUCAGGAAGGAAGAAGAAUUCGCUGCAGAUGUUGACGCUUUCCUUUCGGCUUAUCAGGAUGACUUCCCUGAUCCAUUACCCACACCUAAUCUUCCGCCCAUCACAGGAGAGGACACGCUCAGGGCAGCUCGCCAAAUGCACAGAAAAGCAGCUGGCUUGGAUGGAAUUUGCCCUUCCUGGUUAGCAUUGCUGCCGUGCGAGGCACACAGGCGGCUUGCACAGAUGAUGGAUGCCUUUGAGCAACAGGGGGCGUGGCCGGAAGCCACUUGUUACUGGAAGAUCGCUGCCCUGCCAAAGAAAAGGCAUGGCACUUUGCCUUCAUUGGGUGAAGUCAGACCAAUCGCAAUCGGCUCAGCCAUCUAUCGUAUUUGGGGCAGAAUCAGAUUGGGCCAUCUGGCUCCCAUUCUAGCUCAAUAUCUGGAUCGGAACCAGUCGGGGGGCAUCGGCGGAGAGGACGUCUCCUCCCUUCUUUUGACUUUGGACAUCGAUCUUGAUCCCACAAAAUUUCCGUGCCUCAUGGCACUAGAUUUUACCAAGGCAUUUGACUCUUGCGAUUACACUUUGGCUCUGGCCGUCAUGUCCCGGCUUGGCCUUCCUGCCCGUGUGGUCAAUCUUUUGGGAGCACAAUGGCGGCGACAGAAACGUUGGAUGUCUUUUGCAGGGGUGUGUGCGCGGCUCCCUAUCCAAAAUUGCUUGGCAUUACCCCAAGGAGAUCCCUGGUCUCCCAUAGCAAUGUCACUGGUUCUCAUGCUUGCGAAGCGGCACCAAGAGAGGUUGGUUCCGGAGUCCAGAUGCUUGCUGUACCUCGAUGAUCGCACGCUUGUUGCUCCCACUCCCGGCAUCCUGGCCGCAGCUCUUAAUGCUUGGAAUGUGCUCCAUGCCCACACUCGACUCCGCACUAAUUCCAGCAAAGCCCAAGUGCUGGGGCGAAAUUGGAAGGGGUAUCUGGCGUUGCAGGCGGCUAAUCUGUCGCCGACUGCCACGGCUGAAGUGCUGGGUGUCACCAUUGGCAUCGCGCCCAGAGCUCAAUCCAAUGCUGAACUGUCCCGUGCCAAAAAAUGCAGAACGAUUGCACAGCGUAUUAGUGUUUUGCCGGUAUCCCAAAACUUCCGGGCCGGCCUUGCGGCCCUUACUCUUGCUUCCAAGAGGGUCUGGGGGCUUUUACUUAAUGGAAGAACUCCUACCAAGGGGGAAUGCAAGGCGCACACUGAGGAUUAUCGCCUUGCAGUUAAAGGAAAAUUUUUGGAUGGCAUUGCUUCCAGGCAUUUGGAAAAAGUCUUGUUGCUUGGGCACUCAUCUGACCUCCUUUACCUUUCUUGCCAGCGUCUUUUGAACGCCCUCACUAAGUGGCGUCACCACCAUCCGGGGAAUUGGUCCCACAAGCCUAGUAAUGUGAUUUCGGCUUUGAACGUUGCUCUCUCCAAGCUGGACCUUCAGUGCGACAGCUGGGGCCGCUGGUCCUGGAGUGGGGGGUGGUGGGACUCCGCAUCCCCACCUGAUUUCGCACCUCGCAUGGCACAUUGUUUUAGGCAGUUUUGGCGUGCACGUGAGGUCAAAGGGUGGCUGGCAUCUGACCGCAAUGAUGCCAAGCUGGCCCGGGCAAACAAUUUGGCUAUUUCUGAUAACCUAAUCACUAAGCUUCACCGGGCGGCCACAGAUCUGUCCGCGCAUGAGAUUGGUAUCAUGUCCGGUGCUUUGAAAACGGACGCGAAAGCGUCGUCACCACCUAUGUUUUGCCAUGAAUGUAAGAAACAUCAGUGUCCUGACACUUUCCAUGUGCUUUGGCAGUGUAGCCACUGGGACCACCUGAGACGUGUCCCUCCCAGCAGAUGUCCUUUGGUUAACAGAUUAGGCUGGGGUCCUGAAGGGGUCGACCUUGUUCGUGUGAAACAAUGCGCGCAUAUCCGGGAGCAAUUGUGCAAAGUCCAAGCCGGACGCAACUACUCCCGUCCUGAGCCUUUUGACAUGGGCCAGAUCAAUUUGGAUCCUCACAUUGCUGGUGGGGAGGGCGUGCUUGCCCUUCCUGUGGUGUAG